UCGUGCAGUGAGGGCUAGCCGGGACUCUGCUGGGGACUCCCAGGUUGGUGCUGCAGCCUUGAACUACGGCCUGUUUUGGGCAUUCUGGUGGUGUCCCGGAUUACACACUGGACUGUUCACUGAAAUGUCAGCACUUCAUACCCAUCAGCCACCUCCACGGAAAAACGACCAGCUGCAGGAAAUUGUUCGCACUUGACUACUAAGCUAAAGAAGCAUAACAAUGGAGUCUUUCUCUAAUGAGACCAUUUCAACUGACCUGCUCUACCCACUCUCAGAAGAACCCCACACCAUUCUCUCCUUGAUCAUUAUGGGCUUCACUUUACUAUUGGGAGUGCCAGGCAAUGCACUGGUCUUGUGGGUGAUGGGCCUAAAGAUGAAGCAAACAGCAAACACGGUUUGGUUUCUCAACCUCACGGUUGCAGAUUUUGUCUGCUGCCUAUCCCUACCUUUCUCCAUGGCUCACUUGAUUCUUCGAGGAUACUGGCCCUAUGGCUGGCUCCUUUGCAAGCUCAUCCCCUCGAUCAUCAUCCUUAACAUGUUCGCCAGCGUCUUCCUGCUUACUGCCAUCAGCCUGGACCGCUGCCUUUUGGUCAUCAAGCCAAUCUGGUGCCAGAAUCACCGCAACGUGAGGACAUCCUACCUCCUUUGUGGGUGUAUCUGGGUGGUGGCUCUCACAAUGUGUGUGCCUGUGUUCGUGUACCGGGAAACGUCCACUGUGGACAACUAUGAUGUGUGUGGCUACAAUUUUGGCAUCCAUAGUUCAUUAGAUUACUCAGACUCCAUCUAUGAUCCACUGGAAGACAGAUUUCUUGAUAACUUCACUGCUCAGCUGCCUGGGAAAAUGGAUGAUAAAUUCAAUUCUUCUUCUUUCCAAACAAAUGAUCAUCUUUGGCGGACAACUUCCACUGGUCCCCAUGCUCAAACAUCUCCAGUGGUCUCACCUGGUCUUCCUAGGGGUUUGCCUGAAUUCCCCAGUGAGGAUCGCAGGACUGACUUUCUGAAAAACUCUAGUGUUCUUCCCUCUACUGAUUCCCCCAGUGCUGCUAGCACUUUCUUAUACAUAGAUGAGUUUUAUUACUAUUAUCAAAGUGGUAAUUUUAGCCAAUACUCAUAUUACGAUCUAGUGCCAACACCCUUAGUAGCAAUAACCAUCACUAGGCUAGCAGUGGGUUUCUUGUUGCCCUUUACUAUCAUCGUGGCCUGUUACACCCUCAUUAUCUGCCAAAUGCAACAAAGACGCACCUCCAAGUCUCGGGGCAAGACUCUGCAUGUGGCCACAAUGGUAGUGGUUGUCUUUCUUGUCUGCUGGACUCCAUACCACAUUUUUGGAGUCCUACAUUUGUUUACUGAUCCAGAAACUCCCGUUGGGGGAGCUCUGGUCUCCUGGGACCAUGUGGUCCUGGCUCUAGCAUCUGCCAAUAGCUGUUUCAAUCCAUUCCUCUAUGCCUUUCUGGGGAAAGAUUUUAGGACAAAAGCAAAGCAGUCCAUGCAGGGCAUUCUAGAGGCAGCCUUCAAUGAGGAGCUCACACACUCCACCAGCUGCCACCAAAACAAAAUCUCUCUAGAAAAAAGUAGUGUCAAUACAACUGUGUGAAAAGAUGGAGUGGCCAACUCAAUCAGAGAUUCUUAGUGAAUGCAUUCAGGGUAAUACAGUUCUGAAAGCAUGAGAGAGAAAGUGAACAGGGGAAUUCAGAAACCAUGAAAGAAUCAUAAGCAACAUUUUAGUCCAAUGAUUCGCAAGGUGUGGUGCCCUGGCUUGUGAUACCAGCAUCCCCUGAACACGUGUUAGCUCUGCAAACUCAAGCCUCCUGCCAGACUUGCAGAAAUCAGAAUCUCUGGGAGGUGUGGCUCAGAUGUCUUCUUGUUUUAACACACCCUCUUGCUUUUGAUGCCUGAAACAUUGAGAAUUAUGGUGGAAGUUGAUCUUAAGAUAAACAAGAAACUAAACUUUUUUUCAUUGUCAUUCUUUUGGUUGUUUUUUUAUUUUGUCU